CUACAACUGAAACCCCAACUCCAACCACACCACCCCCCACGCCUUGCCUCCCCUCCCUCACCAACCCAAGCAAAACAAUGCAAUGGAAUCCCUCAUCCGCGGAACCCUAAAACGCGCCACCCCAGGUCACUUCUUCCGACUAGGAUACAAAACCGCCGGACUAUUCUGCGCCUGCACACUCAUCUGGGAACAUCUCAUCACGGUGCAACUAUCCGAGGGUCCGUCGAUGUAUCCGACCUUCAGUCCGCGGGGCGACUAUUUGAUGAUAUCGCGGGUGCAUAAGCACGGACGGGGAAUACAGGUCGGGGACGUGGUGCGGUUCUAUCAUCCUAGUUUUUUGGGCGUCAAUGCUGCAAAGAGAGUUAUUGGCUUGCCGGGGGAUUUUGUCUGUCGGGAUUUGGCGUUUAGUAGGGAUGUAGGGAGGGAGGGGGAGAUGAUUCAGGUUCCCGAAGGUCAUAUCUAUCUGGGGGGAGAUAAUUUGCCCUGGUCGAGAGAUUCCAGAAAUUAUGGUCCCGUUCCUAUGGGCCUUAUUAAUGGUAAGAUUAUUGCGCGCGUGUGGCCGCCGUCGAAGAUGGAGUGGGUGGAAAAUACAAUGCAGUUGGCGGAUUUGUCGGAGUGAUCGAUGAGAAUGAUCAUGCUCUAGGGUAUAUAGUGCUACGCAUGGAGUCUGGAGUUGGAGGAUUUGUGCAUAUUCAUACAUCUCUUGUACAAUACAGAUCUAAGCCCAAAUGUUAACGAAAAAAAGAGGCUACAAGCAGAUCACCGGAACGUCGAAGGGUUUCUCCUCUUGUAAGGAAGAGGAUCGAUCCUCUUCCGGCGAAGCUCCAUGUCGGCUUCGGGGAAGCCAAUCUGCUUCAUCACCUCGUACGUCGUCUCAUCCCAUUGGCUGCGGAACAGGUGCGCGCCAAUCGCCUUCAGGUGGUACCGAGCCUGCAGCGUACGGAGCAGCAGGUUGUCACGCUCCGUCUCCUUCGCCUGGACCGCGGCAAAGUCCAAUGGCUUCGAGUCCUUCUGCUCGAGGAUGAAAAGAGACAGCCGGUGGUACGGGCUGCCCUUCUGGGCCACCGGUGGCAGCCAUGGCAGGACCACCUGCGAGUCAGCCGACAGCUG